AUGCAGAUCAAGAACGUUGUUUUGUCUGUGUCGCUUGCGGCCACAGCAGCGGCUCUCCCGGCCAUCGAGUCCAACACUUUCAACGUCAUCACAAUUCAUUCGGGCUCAAAUGUUCAGUAUGCCAGCUUCAAUGCCGCCAAGAGCAGCAUCUUCGCUGGUCUGUCCUCCCAGAAUGCCAGCUGUGCCCGCCCCAAAGAACAAAUUGCUACUUUCUACCUCAACAAUGAGGCUCUCUACCUUUACGACGAAUCCGCUACUCCCCAAGAGCUCUACGUUGAUCGUUCCGGAAUGGGCCAGGGAAAGAUUGGAUACACCACAGGUGCUCAACCGGCCCCGAUGAAUGCUGAGCGAGUGGGCUGGGCCAUCAAGGACGAACACCUCCAGUUCGCUGGCAGUGAUCUCAUUGCCUGCCCCAACAGCAUUGGCGGCUCCUGGUCCAUCUGGGCAUCCACCGGUGUGGCCCACCCGGGUGGAAAUAGCAACUGUGUCGGCAUUGCCGCUCGUGCUAUCGAGACUUCCACGCCUAAUGGCUGUUUGUAUACUCAGUAA